GCUCCCUGUUGUUUUGAUAUUUUCGAAAACAUGGCGGCCGGUUCAUCAAGUCGGCGGGAAUAUGACUUUCAGAAUCCUUGCUUCACUACCUGUACAACCUGCUUCGAUGUCAUUUGUGAGACAUUUUAGAUGCUACUACGUCACAGAAACAAUCCUCUACAAGAAGCAAAAUUGGUUAUUUUGCUCUCAAGUUUCGAAGUUUUCCUUUAUCAAAAAAUCGUUCCGUUCGCUUUCGACAUCAACUUUUGCAUUCAUUCCAGAAUCUUCGCUUUUCAAAUCUUAUCAAAUGAGCAUGAAAAGUUCUAAGUCAUCGACAAUUGCGAUUUGUCAGAUGACUUGCACAGCCGAUUUAGAGGCGAACUUUCGCCAAUGCCAAGAGCUCAUCAGAAAGGGUAGUCGGAAAGGCGCGGAGGUCGUCUUUCUUCCAGAAGGCUUUGACUUCUUAAUGAAAGACAAAGAAAAAAUAUUAGAAUUGGCUGAGCAUUUAGAUGGACCAAGGAUUAGCAAAAUGUGUAAAUUGGCUGAAGAAAAUGGUGUCUGGCUUUCUCUUGGUGGCUUUCACUGUAAGCAUCCAUCUGAGACAAGGCGAGUUCUUAACUGCCAUGUUGUUAUUGAUAAUAAAGGGAGGAUUGCUGCUAGCUAUAACAAGACCCACUUGUUUGAUGUUAACAUUGAGGGUGGUCCUUGUUUGAAGGAGUCAGCAUUUAUUGCACAUGGAGACAGGAUUGUCCCCCCUGUCAGUACACCUGUUGGGAAACUAGGACUUGGAAUCUGCUAUGACCUUCGUUUUCCUGAGUUCUCAAUGAUCUUGGCUAGACAAGGUGCAGACAUCCUAAGUUUCCCAUCAGCUUUUACUUUCCACACUGGCUCGGCACACUGGGAGGUUCUGUUGAGGAGCCGUGCUAUUGAGACUCAGUGUUACGUUGUCGCAGCUGCACAAUGCGGAAAGCUCUAUGAAGGCCGUGAAGCAUAUGGACAUUCCAUGGUUGUGGAUCCAUGGGGAACUGUUGUUGCGCAGUGCCAGGACGGGAUCGGCUUAUGUAUGGCGGAAAUCGAUCACCAGUACAUCCAGAAAGUUCGCUCGGGGAUGCCUAUAUUGUCGCAUCGCCGAGUAGAUCUUUACGGGAGCUUGGCUGCUAAAGAAAGGGAUAUGGAGUGACAGAAGGUGUUGCCUCGACAUGGUUGAAGAGCGUGGUGAUCCUUGACAGUGAUCCGGCUGGUGUGGAAUAAUUGUAGAUGGUUGCUUGCGAGGUUCAUAACACUUGGAGGUUUGGAGAGGUCGAAGCUAGGAAGGUUAGAUUAUUCUUUUGAGGCAAUGAGUCUAAUUACUCCUUACCCCUCCUCUACAUCCUUAGACAAACGGACGUUCCUGGCCUAAAGGGAAUCGACGGCAGCGGAAGACAACAUGGGAAAAAUAAUGUAAAAAUUCAAUUGAAAAAAAAAACAAAAACAAAGAAAUGAAUUCGCACUCGGUCCAAUAUUUCAACAACGACCUCAAACACUUCUAAAGUUGAAAUAGGUUAGAAGCUAGGCUUAGGUAAAACAGUUUAGGUCGUUUAGCGUGAAUAAAAAUUCUGCAGGUCGUUUCUACUUCUAUGGCGUGCAAAGGUUUGAGGUGCUCUCGAUCGGCUUGCAAGUCAUUUCAGCGUGGUCUCAGUAAGUUAGGGUUUGGACGCACUAAAAAUUAUGCGAGCGCAUAAAAUAAAUGAGAAAUGGACAAAGGGAAGAGAUUUUUUUCCAUCUAAUUGCGCCCCCCCCUCCCCUUCCAUUUUUUGCGCUCGCCGUUUUUUUUUUUCGCGCGUUCAAAAACAAAGCUUUUCCGAAUAAUUCUAAUUAAGAGCCGGCGUGAUACGUUAACCUAAUUUCACCGAAAGAGCGCGAUCGGCUUAGAAGUUUCGUAGUGGAUGUCGAUUAUAUUUAUUUAAUACAGGCAUAGCUAAUAUUAACUAUUGAAUAUGAUACAGGUCACUUCGGUAUUUCGUUACUUUAUUUUGCGGCUUCGCGGCUUAGUGAAACUUGGAGCCUCUGUGACCAAGGUAAAUGAGAGCCGGUUCGCAGGCUAUUAUUAUUGAUGUAAGUUAUUAUGUAAGGUUUUGAAAAUAUUAGGUGGACAUGUGCCCUACUCCCAAAUGAGUUGAUAAAAUUUCAAUUGAA